UCUACGCGGCUUCAGGCGCGCCUCUCUUCCUCUCCUUCAUCUCGCUGGCCUGGGAAAAGAGCCCGCCUCCUGGCCCAUAAGGCCCUAGGUCGGAAAGCUCGCCUUCUCUUCCGGUUUCCCGUCAUGGCGCAGGAUCAAGGUGAGAAGGAGAACCCCAUGCGGGAACUUCGCAUCCGCAAGCUCUGCCUCAACAUCUGCGUUGGGGAGAGCGGAGACAGGCUGACCCGGGCGGCCAAGGUGCUGGAGCAGCUCACAGGCCAGACCCCAGUGUUCUCCAAAGCUAGAUACACUGUCAGAUCCUUCGGCAUCAGGAGAAAUGAAAAGAUUGCCGUCCACUGCACUGUCCGUGGGGCCAAGGCAGAAGAAAUCCUGGAGAAAGGUCUAAAGGUGCGAGAGUACGAGUUGAGAAAAAAUAACUUCUCAGAUACUGGAAACUUUGGCUUUGGAAUCCAAGAACACAUCGACCUGGGGAUCAAGUAUGACCCGAGCAUCGGUAUCUACGGCCUGGACUUCUACGUGGUGCUGGGUAGGCCAGGUUUCAGCAUCGCAGACAAGAAGCGCAGGACAGGCUGCAUUGGGGCCAAACACAGAAUCAGCAAAGAGGAGGCCAUGCGCUGGUUCCAGCAGAAGUAUGAUGGGAUCAUCCUUCCUGGCAAAUAAAUUCCCGUUUCUAUCCAAAAGUCCAAUAAAACAUUUUCAAUGAAAUGUACAA